GAUAUGUGUGCGAGCAGCCAAGUAGUAGUACUAGUGAUGCGAUAGUACACAUAGUUUAUCUAGGCUCCGGUCUCUCUAAUGCGGUAGUAUAUACAUCGUAAGCGCACGUUUACGUGUUUUGUCGGCUUCAUCGGCUCGAAGCUCGAAUGUACGACGGCGGUAUCGUAUACCAGUAGUCGACUCUUUAAUUGUGUACAGAUGUUCGAACCGCGCGUAUCGCUGCUGCUGCGAUUUUUCGGCGUAUUUUCAACCGAGAAAACAAAGUUAUGUAAUCGCGAUAAAUAGAAAUUCGAAUCCGCCGCGCCGGUCCGACUAUGUCGCUGUGAUAUGCGGAUAAAUCUCAAAGUGUCGCGGUUUCAUCGAUACAUACGCGGUUUUUAUUAAAAAUGUAUUUGUUUCAAGUGUUUAAAGUGUGGUGUUUGAUCUGUAUUUAUAGAACGGUUCGAGCUGAUAACGAAGUCGAAAGGGGAACUCCAUGUUAUAAUGAAGAAGGCAAAGCUCAAAGAUGUAUCCCCCAAUUCAUAAACGCCGCCUUUGGGUUACCCAUCGAAGCCACCAAUACCUGUGGCCAGAAUGGACCUGUCGAAUUCUGCGUGCAGACCAGUACGCAAGGUGCCAAACCCGGAUGCGAUUGGUGUUCCAGUAUCAGCGAACAUGAUCCUUCGUACAUGCUGACCGAUUACAGCGGUAAUAAGGAUAGCACGUGGUGGCAGUCGGAGACCAUGUUUGAAGGCAUUCAAGCGCCCAAUCAAGUCAAUUUAACGCUGCAUUUCGGCAAAGCGUUCGAUAUUACGUUCAUCCAUAUUGUGUUCAAAUCACUCAGACCUCAUAGUUUUGCUUUAUUCAAAAAAACCACCGAAGACGGGCCAUGGAUAGCUUUACAAUAUUACAGCGCAAAUUGUACAGAAAUGUACAGUUUACCAGAUUUGAAUUAUAUUCGAAGAGGAGAAGAUGAAACGAAGGCCUUUUGUACAUCAGAAUUUUCAGACGUGUCUCCAUUAACCAAUGGUGUUAUUCCAUUUGCCACGUUGGAGGGUAGACCGUCAGCGCCCGAAUAUGAUAUUAGGCCGGAAUUCUGGGAAUGGGUUUCAGCAACCGACAUCCGUAUCACCUUGGAUCGUUUGAACACCUUCGGAGACGAAAUCUUUAAAGAUCCAAAAGUACUGAAAUCGUACUUCUACGCCAUUUCAGAUCUAUCAGUCGGUGCCAGAUGCAAAUGUAACGGUCAUGCUAGCGAUUGUAUUAAAAGCGUUGGUCAAGGUAAUGCUGCUGCUCGAUUCACGUGUCGAUGUGAACACAACACUGCUGGACCUGACUGCAACGAGUGUCUUCCGUUUUACAACGACGCUCCUUGGCAACGUGCGUCUCAAGAAGAUGCUCACGAGUGUAAAGCUUGCAAUUGCAACGGGUUCUCCAGAAGGUGUUAUUUCGAUAAAGAUUUAUAUAAUUUGACCGGACACGGAGGACACUGCUUGGAAUGUUCGAGCAAUCGCGACGGGCCAAAUUGCGAACGAUGCAAAUUGAAUUACUUCCAACCUACCGGCGAAUUAGCCUGCUACCCUUGUAAUUGUAAUGAUAUAGGAUCGUGGAAUCUGCAGUGUAACAGCGAAGGUAAAUGUAGUUGCAAACCUGGAGUAACCGGCGAUAAAUGCGAUCGGUGUGAUUUGAAUUUCUACGACUUCGGUCCCAGUGGAUGUAAAGCGUGCGGUUGCAACAUAGCCGGUAGUUACCUAAAUCAAGCUUCUUGUGAUCCAUAUACGGGAAAGUGUGUAUGCAAAGAGAACGUCGAAGGAGAUCAAUGCUCUAAAUGUAAACCGGGAUAUUUCAACUUGGACGAGUCGAAUGAGUUCGGUUGUACUCCUUGUUUCUGUUUCGGGCAUUCUUCGAUUUGUCAAUCGACUCCUGGAUAUUCGAAAAUUACCCUUGAAAGCAACUUUAUUCGUGGAAAUGAAAAAUGGAAAGCUGAAUUCGUUGGCGGACACGGCGCCACUGUAAAUUACAACUCAUACGUGCAAGCUUUAGAGGUCGCUUCUCCCAGCACCGAACCUGUAUAUUUUGUGGCUUCUGAAAAAUUCUUGGGAGACCAGAGAGCAAGUUAUAAUCACGACCUGUCAUUCAAAUUGCGUAUAAAUGAUAACUCGGCUGUACCUUCGGUUGCCGAUAUUAUUCUGGAAGGCGCUGGUCGUACCGUCUCUAGGACAAUUUUUGGACAAGAUAACAAUUUACCUGGUACUUCUUUACAACUGUACAAAUUCAAACUGCACGAGAACCCGGAUUAUGGCUGGCAACCUCGUCUCUCUUCUCGAGAAUUCAUCACUCUGUUGUCCAACUUGACAGCCAUCAAGAUUAAAGGAACAUAUACGCCUCAGGGUGUUGGUUUCCUAGACGACGUCUCUCUAGAAAGCGCUCGUCGAGGAGCAGCCGGAACUCCAGCUCCUUGGGUCGAAACCUGUACCUGUCCCGAAAACUACGUGGGUCAAUUUUGCGAAUCCUGUGCACCUGGCACACGUCACGAGAUCAUAAGUGGAGGAGCUUUUUCAACCUGUGUUCCUUGCAAUUGUAACGAACACGCUAAAAUCUGCGACGCCGAUACUGGUCGAUGCAUUUGCGAGCACAACACAGCAGGCGAGAAUUGCGACAGGUGUGCUAGAGGAUUCUACGGCAAUGCUCUGGCUGGCACACCGUUCGAUUGCAAAGUUUGCCCUUGUCCGAAUCGUGGAGCUUGUACUGUAAUUGGAGACGACGAUACGAUCGUUUGUUUAGAAUGUCCUCAAGGAUAUGGAGGAUUGAAAUGCGAAGUAUGCAGCGAUGGAUAUUACGGUGAUCCUACCGGACAAAAUGGAGCAAUUAGAUUCUGCCAAGCUUGCGACUGUAACUCGAACGUAGAUCCUAAUGCUAUUGGAAAUUGUAACCGAACCAGCGGAGAAUGUGUGAAAUGUAUUCAUAAUACAGGAGGUUUCCAUUGCGAUCAGUGUCUUCCUGGAUUCUACGGAGACGCCUUAGCUCCUGGCAAAGGCAAUUGCAAACCGUGCCUAUGCAACCCGCUGGGUACACUGGAACUGGACAGUGGCGAAUUGAACUGCGACCAGUUGAAUGGUCAAUGUAAAUGCAAAUCUCACGUCAUCGGUACCAACUGCGACGAAUGCGAACCUGGUUACUUCGACUUGAACAGUGGACAAGGCUGCCAAUCGUGUAACUGUGAUCCGGUCGGUUCAUUGAACAACACGUGCGAUAUCCAUUCAGGACAAUGCCACUGUCGACCCGGAGUAACUGGCCUGAGAUGCGACAGCUGUCUAAUUUACCACUAUGGAUUCUCGACCGAAGGAUGUAAACCUUGCGAAUGUGAUACCAUCGGUUCGAAAUCUCUGCAAUGCGGUGCUAAUGGCCAAUGCCCGUGUUUAGAUAACGUCGAAGGUCGACGAUGUGAUCGAUGCAAAGAGAAUAAAUUCGAUCGUCAGAGAGAUUGUAUCGAUUGUCCACCGUGUUAUAAUCUAGUUCAAGAUGCUGUAAACAUUCAUCGAGCGAAUUUGAAAUCGCUGGAACAAACCAUAGUCAAUAUUUCUACCAGUGAAUCGAUUCCUAUUGAUAAAGAUUUCGAGGAUAGGCUAAAAACUGUCUACAAUAAGGUGGAGAAAUUAUCGGAUGAUGCUAAAAAAGCCACCGGAAAUAAUGAAGGUAAAGUGAUCAGUGGGAAAUUGAACGAAUUAUACAAGGAGCUCGAUGAAAUUUCCAGCGCUUCUAAAGAUAUCGCCAAUCUGACCAGUUUGGCUAAAAGUAUCGCCUCGCAAAGUGAAGGAAAUAUUAGCGCUGCUGAACAAAUCAUCGAUCAUGCUCAGAAGACUUUGGCGGGUGCUGAACAACUUUUGUACACGGAAGGAAGAUCUGCUUUAGCUAAAGCUGUCAAUAAAAGCACCGAAGUAGGAGUACAAAAUGAGCAAAUGAGUCAGAUUGCCCGUGAUGCACGACAACAUGUUCUGAAAUUGGAAGAGGAAGCCGAAAAACUGAAAGGAAUUGCCGAUUCAGCAGCCAAUAUCUCCAACGAAGCCUACAACAAAGCUGUAGAAGCGAUUCAAAAACAAAAAAAUAUAAGCACCGAAUUGCAAAUUCUCAAAUCUCGACUUGUAUUCACCGACGAAAAAUUGAAAUCGUUAACUUCUCAAAUUAACGAAACCGCUGAUCAAGUAAACGUCGCUUACAACGAAUCCCUGACGAUUUAUGGAGAUAUUUACGGUCUUUCUGUACCUACCGUCGAUGUUCCCAGUAUAAAGGCGAAUGCCGAGAACCUCACAAAAUUGGCGAAUGAGAACAAGCAGUCUUCUGAUAAAUUACUGGACGAUAAUAAAGAACUACUGACACAAGUAAAUAACGAAAUCGCCUCCGCUGAGACCCUUCUGCAAAGAAGCAACGACCAGCAGCAGAUCGCCGAUGAUCUAUUCGAUGACGCUUACAGUGCUCUGCAAAGAGCUGAGGAAGCAGUAAAGCUCGGAGAUAAAACUUUACAAGAGGCUGAGCAAACUUACACCACGUUGCAGGGAUUCAAUAAUUUCGUACAAGAGAAUAAAGAUAAAGCGAAAGCAGCCGUCGCUAAGAUACCAGAAAUUGAGAAAUUAACGAGAGAAGCGCAAGCAAAAAUCAAAAAAGCUGAGAAUACCGUCAAUCAAGCCGAGAAUGACGCUCAGAAUGCCAAAGCUACCGCCGAAGAUGCCGAAAGCAAAUACGCGAAACCAGCAUCGGAGGAAGCCCAAGAAAUCAAAAAAAGUGCCAAACAAACAUUAUCGGAUCAGGGCAAAUUAAUUCCAAAAAUAGACGAAAUUAAAAGCAGAGUAUCGGAAACCUCGAAUGAAAUAAAUAAUUUGAAACAACAGGCUUCCAAAGAUCAUAAUACCAUUUCCGAGGCAAAGGUGAAAGUCAGUCAAGCAAAGACUAAUGCCGCUGAAGUGAAAAAACAAGUCCAGAAAUCAGUCGACGAUAUUAACAAUAUCGUUAAAGAAUUAGCCAAUUUACCAGACAUAGACGAUUCUUCAUUGAACAAGUUGGCCGAAAAAUUGGUAAAUGUUGAAAAGAAAUUUAACGAGUCGAAUAUCGAUCAAGAGCUGCAAGUUAUUAAAAAAGCUCGCUAUGUUCAGGUGCAACAAGUGAAAUUAUAUCAAGAAGAAUUAGAAAGAUUACAAAAAGAAGUGGCCAAUUUGGAUGAAAUUCGAGCUGCAUUACCACAAGGUUGCUUCAAAAGGAAUACUUUGGAAGUUUAAUAGAUAAUUUUACUUGUUAAUAAUAUUUAAUUUAUGUGUGUGUUUCUUUUCGUGUAUGUGUAUUUAUUUAUGUAAUCAAACCAAAGACAGAAGUUCGUAGAACUGUCUUAUUGUA